AUGGGUUCCUCCUCCUCCUCCUCCUCCUUCACCCCUCCCUUCUCCUCCUCCUCUUCCCCCUCCCCUCCUCCUACCCCUCUUCCUCUCCUUCCCCUUUUACCCUCCUCCUCCUCCUCCUCCUCGAUGAGGCAGGGUUCUAGUAGCUCUAAUCAAUCAAAAUAUAGUACAUCUUCCUCCAGCCUCAGCAUGCUAACCUCCUCCUCCUCCUCCUCCUCCUCCAAGUUAUGUCACUCCAAAAAUAGCGUGGAUUUCCCUUCACUAGGAAAGAGUCCUUAUGUCACCUGUACAGGAACCGUAGGAUCUACUAUAUACAGUACUACAUCUUCCUCCAACCCCAGUAUCCUGUCCUACCGUCUCACUCCCAGUUCCUCCUCCUACCCUUACCCCAACCCCCUACCCAAGGUGUCACUCCCUUUUCACCACUCCAUAAAAUUCGGGCCGAAUGGAUUGCUUAAUGCUGCAGAAUUGAAUGAGUCGGGCUCCUUAUCGCCUUCGUGUCUGCACGCUCGUCUGAACUUCAAUUUGUAG